AUGAAGUCUACUCAAUCAACACAACCGGUGGUCACGGAGACAUCGCCCGACGUCCCUACGUUUCUACAAGUGCCCUGUUACCAUGUCGUCAAAGGCGCUAGUGCCAUCAACGCCUUGGUGGUAUCUCCACUGAUGCACCGCUCCGUAGCGUGCGCCCUCCUCGGAGCUUUCCACUUCGGCUGGAUGAUGGCCGAAAUGGCCUACAUUCCGUUUCACCACCUGCGACUCUGUCAGCUGCCUCGCAUUCCUCAUGGCCAGUGCCUUCUCUUCCCUGGUCACUCAACCGCCGAGUGGACUAUGCAGAGCACGGCGUGGGCAGUCGGGGGUGGCCUCGGCGCGCUUCUCAGCGCCUUCCCCGCCGACAGGUUUGGGCGCAAACGAACGCUCGGCUACAAUGGCGUAGUCAUGGUUGCCGGGGGCCUCGUGCAGCUGCUGGCAGGAGACAUCUACACGUUCGCCAUAGGUCGAGGCCUCAACGGCUUGGCCAGUGGGGUCGCCAUCAACGUCUUGAACAACUACCUGCGCGAGCUGGCCCCCAUCCAGAGGCGAAUGUUUUACAUGACGCUGGUGCAGAUUGCGCUGUCCGUCGGCACGUUAGUGGUCACGUCGUUCAUGUAUGCGAUUCCGGACGUUCCGUCGUCAACGUGGCAAUUCAUGCCGUUGUUUGGCGGCCCGGUGGUCAUUGGGGCACUGCAGGUGGCGGUGAUGCCGUGCAUAUUGGAGAGUCCGAUGUGGCUGCUCCACCGACGUCAAGUCGACCAAGCCCAUCUCGUAAUGAAUCAGCUGUACCUGCCUGGCGAUGACGUCGACUCGCACUGGAGUUUGUUGGUGGCUACCAUGGAGCGCCAGACACAAGAAACCGAGUCAUCGUCGUCCAAGCUGUCGUUAUUGGUGAGCGCCAAGUACCGCAAGCAGUUUUCGAUCGCGGUGGUGCUGUCGACGAUGCAGCAGUUGUGCGGUAUGAAUGCGCUGGUCGUGUAUGGCCCCACCAUGUUCAAGGCCAUUGGUAUCCACGAGCUGCGCUUGUCCAGCACGAUUGUCAACUUUGGCCGGUUCCACGACAUGUAUCUUGGCAUGAAAUUUGGCGACCGCUUCAACCGUCGCACGCUUCUCCUGGUGGGGAGUGCAGGCAUGAUCGUGGGGUCUCUCGGGUUUACGGUGUGCCAAACAUACCCCAGCGCCACCAACAACUGGGUGCAAAUCACCUGCAUGCUGGCGUUUGUUGCGUCGUUUUGCAUGUCGGUGGGAUCGUUGGGGUGGAUUAUCUCGACCGAGUUGAUUCCGGAAGUUCUGGGGGCGUCAUCGGGGCCAUCGCCACGUGCUAUUUCGAGCGUUGGGCACUGGGGGUCGCAAGCGUUUGGCAUUUUUCCAGCUGUGCUCGUGGUGUUUGUACUGUUUGUGUGGAUAUGUGUACCGGACACGCGCAACCAGACCACUGAUCAAGUCACAGAAAUGUUCUACUCGGACGACGACAACCAAAAACCAAGCGACGACGACGCGUUUGUGUAUUGGACAUCCGACAAGGAAAUUGGAUUCUCAGCAGCUCGUGAUGGCAACGGACCACAACAACACUUUAUUAUUUCUUAA